AUGUGGGCCGAGGAGUUCCACGUUCUCCUCAUCCAUCCGGAGGAACCUCUAGACCCCAAUCGCCAUCUGUGUCGUUGCAGCUGGGGGUGUAUUCCCCCGGCUCCCUGCCCUGCCGCAGCGGCAGAUGCGGUGGGCGCCGCCAUCUCUACUGCUCUUAUCGGUGGCCUGGUGGUUGUGAACGCCCGACUCGGGCUUGCUCUGGGGGUCCUGCCCUUUGGGCACGCACAACUAGAGCUCUCAGCUCCUAGGAAAUCAUCCUCCUGGGUGGGGCAUAGGUUGGAAGCCACCGACCAGGCCUGCGCAACCUCUCUGAGGCAUGUUCCUGCCCCUGCUCUUGCCGUCCACUUGGGUGAGAUUGUUGGGGAGGGUUCAUGGGGGCCUGGUUGGCUGGCUGGUCAACUUACCAGCGGAAUAAGGGGUGGCGGAAAGAGAAUGAGUCAGGUACACCUGGGGGGGUGGAAGUGGCAGUCACUACAACCACUGCCGCUGCCCCCCCCACCGGGGAGCCAUGACGAUCUCCCGAUUCUCGGGUGUAGUUGGGGAAACCAGUUUUAA